AUGUCCGUGUUUCGUGCCACCCGCACCCUGCUGAACAAGGUGCCCGAGUCCCCCGACAAGUACCAUAUUCCGAAUGGUGUGACACCAUUUUGGCAUAAGGUGCACCAAUUAAUGUCGACGAAUCCUGACGUCUCGACGGGCCUGCCUCGCAACCUGCAGUUUAGGUACCCUCCGCCGGCUUCCCGCCCGGAAAAGCCAGCUACAGUGCCCUCGCGCGCAUCUGACAUUGCUGAUAACAUGUACUACCACCGCGACUUCCGCCGCAAGUAUCCGAAGCUGGAUGUAGUGACCCAGCAGUACUUGACGGAACUGCUGCUCGCUUCACCGAACGAGGACGGUACAAAGAGCCUUCCGCUUCCCGAAUCGGGUGCGUCGACGGACUUGACGCGCCCUGAUGAUCUAGCUUCGCCCACUGCCUUCACGCAAGUGCUCGCACAAGUGCACAACUCGUCCGAGCACAAGUACUCGCCCAAGAAUAUGCCUCCCAAGUUUCCCUCGACCUCUCCCCAGCACAUUCUCAAGCUUCAGAAGGGUGCUCUUCCACGCGACAAGUACGACUACUUCCCCGUCGAGAACUAUGCGUGA